AAUUUCAAGCCCCCACCACCGCCGCCCACAUCCCCUAUUUGAAAGCCGCCUCUCUACCGGGAGAGGAAGGCUCUUUUUCGGUCAGAUGGCGUGCUGCAGCCCGCCCCCGUCAUUCUCCAGCCCACACAGACAGCAAAAAGGCAGCCAGAGCCAGCAACCAAUACGGUGCGCCGGAGGAGGAUUUCUGCCAGUGAUAUCGGACCAAGCAGCGACGCGCUAAGGGGAUUUACUACGGCGAUCUGCGGCGUGGAGGCUGUCGGUGAAGAGGUAAGAGGAACGAAUCGGAUGUAGAGAAGGACGACGUGUCGCUGAGCAGGGAGUCCUCUCUGACAUCUGGCUCAGGAUUGGCUCAGUCUGACUGGAGCCAGUCACCCAAGCAGCUCACUGCUUCACAUCAGAACCAUAAGGGAAAAUAUUUGGCUUCUUUCACAGUUUUAUUCCAGGGAAUAAGACCAGACUGCUUUAAGUUUCAACUCAUCUGAAAAAGGUUCAUGUGUUUCCUUUCUCCUGCCUGAACUUUUCCAGUGCCGUGUGCCAUGUCUCUGCCACGCACACUUGGGGAGUUGCAACUCUACAGGGUGCUGCAGCGGGCCAACCUGCUGGCCUAUUACGAAACCUUCAUCCAGCAGGGCGGUGACGAUGUGCAACAACUCUGUGAGGCUGCAGAGGAGGAGUUUCUGGAAAUCAUGGCACUAGUUGGCAUGGCCACCAAGCCGCUGCACGUGCGUAGGCUGCAGAAGGCUCUCCGAGACUGGGCGGCGAACCCUGCCCUUUUCAGCCAGCCUGUCGCCAACGUUCCUCUCGGGGGGAUCCCUCUGUUCAAAGUUGAUGGGACGGGCACUAGUGGGUCAGCUGGCGGGCCCAGAAAGCCUGUGAGUAAUGGGCAGCCUGGGUCGCCCUGUGAGAGGGAGGAUCGGGCGUGCCUCACCCCAAUGUACAGUGGGAGUCCAAGGAGCCCCUGCUCCCAGGCCUCUCCUCAACCGCCAGAAACACACUACAGGGAAAAACUGUCCCCCAUGGACCCCCACUGGCUCAGCCCAGAGCCUGAUGGUAAUAGCAAUGUAGCUUCUGCACCUGGAACAGAGGAGGAGGCGCCCAGCCCGCCACUACUGUCCACAUGUCCUCCUGGUCCUUCAACAUCUCCUGUCCCAUCUGCAUCAUUCGCCCCUUCAGCUCUGUCGGCCUGGCCUGGAGGACAGCUGGACGGGGAGACGGCGAGGGCCGUGGUGGAGAGCGUGGAGCAGCUGUUUAGGACCCUGCCCCGGUCUGAUCUCACAGAGGUGAAAACCCUGCUGAGGAUGAACAAGAAGAUGGCAAAAACUGUGGGGCACAUCUUCAGAAUGGGUUCCCAGGAUGCAAACAAGGAAGAAGAGAUCCGGAAAUACAGUCUGAUUUACGGGCGCUUUGACUCCAAACGGAGAGAAGGCAAGCAGCUCUCACACCACGAGCUGAUCAUCAACGAAGCUGCAGCUCAGUUCUGCAUGCGCGACAACGCUCUUCUCCUCAGACGGGUGGAGCUGUUUUCUCUGGCUCGACAGGUGGCCAGGAAAUGUGCCUACACCUCCACACUGAAGAGCACAAGGCCGAAUGCGGAUGAGAACAGCAGUUUGUGUAAUAAGAGACCAAGACAUGAGGUCAUCGGGCCUGAGAACGUCUCAUCACUCCUAAUAGUGGACGGAGCCGAGACCACGUCUCAGAGAGCGGAUGAUGACAGCUUGUCUGCAGAAAACCUGGACUGUGUGUCACAUGACUCCAACUCACAGUGCAACCAGUCUCCAUCUCCCCGUCCCCACUCCGACACCUCCAACCCCGCCAGCUGGAGUCGUCAUCUCAUACAGCAAACCUUAAUGGACGAAGGGCUGCGAUUGGCUCGGAUGGUGUCACAUGACCGAGUGGGGAAGCUUUGCCUGGGAUCAGAAGGAGCACACCCUACAGAUCACGACGUUAAAGCGGAGCGGCAAACAUCUAUAACAGUGUGCAGGACCAUUAGCCCUUGUGUCACCAAAGAUCCAACCAUCAACUCCAACCAGAGGGGGAAAUGAGCCUCCCUCACCAGGGAAAGGAUGCUCGCUCAGACCCGUGAACAACUUUUUAAACUCCACUAAAUGAGUCACAACUUCUUCUGAUGGAGAUGGGACAAAAUCACAGCAGAAUAUUUCAGAAUUUAUGCGCUGAUUUCCAGAAUAAGGUUCUGUUUUUAUAUGUGGUAGCCAGCGGAAGCAUCUUUUGUUUUGGUUUUUGUUUACAUGUUACGGUGUCCUGCUGUCAAAAGGAGAGAUUUGUGAUUCUGAUUGGGAAGAUCUUAGUCCUGUGAGCACCACAGUCUGAGAGGCUUCACCUGCCACAGAUGAAACGAGUUUCACACAGCAGCAGGGGGCACUGCAACUUUGGAAACUCACUCUGAAGUUCCUACUCACUGUGCAACAUUCCAUAGUUUUGCAGAGGAAGUGUGCUUUCAACGGAGAAAUCAGGUUACAGCGUGCUGCUCUGAAGCUCUUCACCUCAGGAAACGACGUUCUGGUUCUGAGUGAAGUUCAGUUCGCGUCUCAAGUGACGGAUGUCUUCUGUUUGAGUCAAAAACAAAAAUCCUAGCAUGUGCAUGAAAAAAAAAAGCCUGGAUCUUUUUCAUUAUUUAAAAGAAAAUUACUUAUCUGAGUUGCUUGAACUGACAACCCAGAUGCUUUUAGAGACCAUGUCUUGCUCAAAGGCUCUUAAGUAGCGGAGAUACACUCAGAUGUUUGCUUUCCUCUGAUUUGGACCUUAGUAUUGUUCACUUAAGAUAAAUACUGUAGAUUCACAGAGAAUAAUGAAAAAGUGAAAACAUAAUUUCUAGAAGUUAUUGGAUUGCUGAUUUGUUUUAGCUGCAGAAACCUCCAGAUGUUUGUAUCUGAGUAACCUAAACUAACAUAUUUAACUCAUCUUUCUAAAAGUCACUCAUUUCUGUACUGAAGGACUAAUUUCUUUCAUUAUAGAAAAUCAGACGCGGUGCUUCAUGUUUGACACAGCAGCUCCUUCAAGGUCAAUCAAACUAUCAUUCCUUAACAGUGAAAUAUUUAAGCGUCUUCAAAUGUUUUGUUGUUUUUCUACAUUCAUCAAGAAGUAAGUGAGGCUACUUGCUGCUCUUCAUUUACACCUACCUGUCUCUUGAUCAUUAUUCACCUCCUCGGUUUUAUUAUGUUGCAAAACAGAUUAUUUAUUUUGUUAUAUCCUAAUAAAUGUUCUUUAAUGGUUUAA